AUGCCGUGUCCUCGGCUGCCCUGGCUCCGCCGCCACCGAACUUCCCAGGGCUCUGGCCCCGGUUCCCCAAGUACCCUCUCUGUACCCAACACCCCUAGCAGAGGCGAAGACGAGGAUGCAGAAGAGGAGGAGGGCGAUGGCACCCCUGGCUCAGGCCCCAUUCUGCCCCCCGCAUCCCCCAUGGAAUGUCUGAUCUGCGUGUCACCCUUUGACGGCAUUUUCAAGUUGCCUAAACGCCUAGACUGCGGCCACGUAUUCUGUCUCGAGUGCCUGGCACGCCUGUCGCUGGCUACUGCGGGUGGCGGCGAUGCAGUGGCUUGCCCCAUGUGCCGCGCGCCCACACGCUUGGCCCCGCGCCGGGGGCUGCCCGCUCUGCCCACGCAGCCCAGUCUGCUGCCUCGCGAUGCGCGCGCGCCACUGCCACGCCAGGGUUCUGUGCGCUUUGACCGACGCCGGGGGCUCCUGUACCUGCGACCACCACCUCCGUCUCCUGGGCCACGCAAGAGCCGCACAGUGCGCGCCCCGCCGCCUCCACCCCCGCUGCGCCUCGGCCGCCCGCUGUCACGUCGCCUAUCCCUGAGCAGUCCAGCAUGGGCCUUCAACGCAGCGGUGGCGCUGGCUGUGCUGGUGGCCGCGGGUCUCGUGGUCUCUGGUGUUUACAUCUUCUUUCUCAUUCCUCAUGUCACCAACUCCGGUGCGCGACCUCAGAUUGUGGCACUGGCCCCUGAAAAUGGCUUCUGGGUUUCACCGCGGCCCACGCCAGUGGCACCCUGGACCCAUGCCUGGACACGACGCCCCACAAAGCCUGAUUUCGACCUGGACGAUACCCUGCCAGAGGCUACCAAGGACAUGCCCGAGCUUGAGGAGGCUACCAAGGACCCGGUAGAGACACAGGAGAUCCCGGAUUUACCACCGGAUCAAACACCAAAGGCAGAGACUGAACUUAGCUGGAACCCGAAGGCUCGGGCUGAUGGGAAGAGGAUGCAAUUGCAAAAAUAA